AACCUUCCUCAGGCCUGUCCAAUGGGCACUUAGCGAAGGCGUGCUGCCCGCGAGGUGGGAUUCGAUGCGGACAACCCAAUAGGCUUGGAGCAAGCGACAUGACAAGCACCUUCUGCAACCAAUGAGCGUGUCGUGCGGGAUGUGACGUAUAUAUCAUCGGCCGGUCGGCUCUGGGGCUGUCGGAGGAGCUUAGACGUCGGCUCCUCUUUUCUCGCUGGUUUGCCCGAGGCCUCGAGCGGGGGGCGGUGAUGAAGCGAGUCUCUGGGGCCCCGUCCUAGGGCAGCGGCGGCGGCGGCUGCGAGGCACGCCAGAAGCGUGACCGAGGAGGGAUUGUUCCACAAGCUGGCUGCCACCACCACCAAAAAGACCCUCCUCCACAUUGCUGCAAGAUGGACUUCAGCAGGCUGCAACACAACCAAGAGGGCCUCAUGCAAAGUUCUUAGAGAGCGGGCAAGUCUAUACGAGGAAAGGUGUUCAUUCAGGGUCCAUCUUUUCUACUCUUGCCAACCACCCACUAAAGCUGUUUAAAUGAGAAUGUCCUUGGCGCAGAGAGUGCUGCUUACAUGGCUCUUCACAUUGCUGUUCCUGAUCAUGUUAGUGUUGAAAUUGGAUGAAAAGGCACCAUGGAACUGGUUUCUCAUAUUUAUCCCAGUUUGGAUAUUUGAUACUAUUCUUCUAGUUAUGAUAAUUGUAAAAAUGGCUCGCCGUUGUAAGUCUGGCUAUGACCCUCGAAAUGGUUCCCGUCACCUCAAGAAGAAAGCUUGGUACCUUGUAGCAAUGCUGCUUAAGUUGGCCUUCUGCCUCGCCCUCUGUGCAAAAUUGGAACAGCUUGCUGAAAUAAAGCUAGCUUAUGUCUUUAUUCCCUUUUGGGUGUUGCUCAUUGGAGGGAUAAUAGAACUUGGAUACAACAUCUUCUAUGUACGAAGGGAAUAACUUGUCCAUAGACUGGGUUUAUCCCUUUAUCAGCCAGCAUCACAUUCCUUAACAACAUUAGCUUGCUAUAAGUUUACAGCACCCAAAGGAACUACAAGUAACAGCUGUAUGUUGACAUUCUAUAUGCCGUUGGACUAGACUCUUCAAUGUGUGGAGCACAGCUAUCUGAUUUAUAUGUAAAUACUGUAAAUAAAUCAUCAAAAUAUU